UUCAUCAUAAAGUCCAAGAACCGUAAUACAUAAUCCAACGGCCAAAAACACACGGAUGGCGUUUUAUAUCCGUCCGAUCAAUCUCCAACGCCCCCAUCAGCACCCUAUAUAUAGCCCUAUCAUUCCAAACGAUUCGAACCUUUGCAGUAAGCGAAACACUUGUCUUGGAAAGGAUUGAAGAAAAUGAGAAGAGUGUCCCUUUGGCGCAAGCAGGCAUGGGCAUUUCGCAGUUUGCGUUUGGCCACCUUCUCCACUUCGAAAGUGACCAUCUUCGAUCGGCAACUGAAGCGCACUCAACGCGACCGCGCCGCAUGGUUGACGCCCUCACACGACCCUCUCCUUCACACCGUCUCCCAAAAUCUCGUCGAUCGCUUGCAGGACUGCAACAAGACUUUUCCAACCGCGCUAUGUUUGGGAGGCUCGUUGCAACCCAUCACGCGCUCUCUUUCCGCUCCUCACGCUAACGGUGGUGUGGAAAAGCUUUUUGUCAUGGAUGCCUCCUAUGAUAUGGUUCAAGCUUGUAAAAAUGCUUACCACGCCUCAAACCACCGCGCUGUUGAGACCCACUUUCUUGUUGCUGACGAAGAGUUUCUGCCCAUCAAAGAAAGCUCUGUGGAUUUGGUUGUUAGUUGCUUGGGACUACACUGGACUAAUGAUUUGCCAGGAGCAAUGAUACAGUCUAGAUUAGCAUUGAAGCCAGAUGGAUUAUUUUUAGCAGCUAUUCUUGGGGGAGAAACAUUAAAGGAGCUCAGAAUAGCUUGUACAUUGGCACAGAUGGAGCGUGAAGGAGGGAUCAGUCCCCGAGUAUCACCUUUGGCACAGGUUCGAGAUGCUGGGAAUCUUUUGACUAGGGCAGGUUUCACCCUUCCAGGUGUUGAUGUUGAUGAAUAUAUAGUUAAAUAUGAAAGUGCUCUGGAGCUUAUAGAACAUCUCCGUGCAAUGGGUGAAAUAAACGCUCUUUCUCAAAUGAACAGUAUCCUUAAGAGGGAUACAGCUUUAGCAACUGCAGCUAUUUAUGAUUCAAUGUUUUCUGCCGAAGAUGGUACUAUACCUGCAACCUUCCAGGUUAUAUACAUGACGGGGUGGCGGGAACAUUCUUCUCAACAGAAAGCAAAAAGAAGGGGAUCAGCCACUGUAUCUUUCAACGAUAUUCAGAAGCAAUUUGGAAGCCAAAGUUGAUUGUCCCUUCCCUUUGAUUUUGACUCUGCAUAAUUAAGUUUAAUUAAUGUGUUUAGGGCAUUGUAUAUGUGAGUAGAGUACUCUCAAAUCAAAUGGUUGCCGUAUGCCCUAACCACAUCAGUUCCAUAAGUGGUAUAGGUAGCUACCAGCUUUUUCCCCUUCAAAUUUCACUUCGGCUACAUCUUGGUCAAGCAUUGGAAUGAGCCAAUAGCGCUCGAGUAAGUCACGUCAUGUAAAAUUUCAAAUUUAGAGUGACAUUAUGAACUUUUUUUUAUAUAAUUUUUUUAUUUUAUGUUUA